GUUGCCAAUCUCAAUUUCUCAAUCCAUAAGCUUUCGCGACUCGAUUCGCGCGAAUCAGUUUAGUCAGUUAUAGUUUGGCUGGUGGCUAAGAUUGCUCGCACGAUUCUCGUCUAAAUUUCUGUGUGCUGGGGUGGUAGGUGCCCCGAUGGUGGUUCUGCAAACGGUCGCUUGGCUUUCUUCGUGGUUGUUGUGGUCUUUCGAGUCCAAGUCCAUCAGCAGCCUCUUGGUUGGUUCUUCCAACCGUUGUUGGUGGUGUUUUCGUGGUUGUCGUUGUUGUGGGCGCACGGUUUCGUAUCUCUUGUCGCUGCCGCCGGUAGUCAUCGGUUGCAUCUAUUUUUGCUAUUUAAGCCAAGCAUUUGUGAUUUGUCUCCUGAGUUCUGGUAUCGCUCAAAUCUCCGCCGGUAUUGGCGCCGCGGCGAGUUGUGAUCUCAUUUUAGCAGAAAACUCGGGAAGUAAUCUUGAAGCGCGACCGUCGCAGCAUCCGCAUCUCGAACAGAUUAUCUCGCGGUGGUACUGUCCUCGUCAGAUACGUUAUCAACAAUUCAAGCCGCGUCCCAUACAUCAGUGGGCAACCGAUCCGCUUCCUAAGAGAGUUUUAAUGAAAUUUGGUGCAAGUGGAGUGCACUUGGUGCAUAGUGAUAAAACCACCUAUUGGAGUCAAUAGUGUCUUGCGGAGACAUCCUUCGCCCGAUUAGUGGAUCAACGCUCCCAAGUGAUGCCUAUAAUUCCCCAAUAAAUUGAGAGUUUUCGUAGGGUCUGACCGUGGCUCUUAUCAAGAAAAUUUUUAUGCAAAACACUACGACCACCACUGAAGUGCGCUGUUAAUUGCCAUCGAAAUUUGAAUCAUAAAUUUCAAUUAAAUCAGUUCAGGUGUCGAUGCUUUCAUCACCUGAUGGAAUUUGAUUUUCCGUGAGGAGAAAAGCGCGAGUGAAGAAAGUGCUCUAAAUUAUACUUGGAUGAAUGCUUGAUUGAAGUGAUUGAUGUGUGUUUAUUCGUGUGAAAAGUUUUAGUUGAUUUUAGUGCGGUUUGUUAAUUGAGAAUUUAUUUUCGGGUUAAGAAAUUCCAAUUUCAAUUGGUUUCAAAGUUUGCUUUGUUUAGUGUGAAUUGUUUCAGUUGAAGUGUAUUGUUUGGAGGAAGCUUGUGUUCUUUUCGCUGAUUUAUAGAGUAUAAAGGUUUAAUGCUCUUACAACGUGUGAUAUAGUGGUGGAAUCAUCUUAAUUUAAAUCAAUCUAUCUAUAAUCUGCAAUCAUUAUUUCGUUCAGUGUAUUAAAAUUAUUUAAACAAAAUCAAAAUGAUUGUAGACAAGACAGAAAACGUAAACGAGAAUGCAUGGACUAAACUUUUGCCAGAGAUCGAACAACGUCCACCACAAAUACAAAAUGGUCUAGUUAAAGUUCAAGUUGAUGAAAUGCCAAAAGAAAGUCCAGCAUCUUCGGAUAUACCAUUGGGUCAUUUACCACGUAAAGAUUCAUUCUUCGAAACGUUCCAUAAACAAUUAAGACAGUCAAUAAGAGCAGUUGGCGAAUCGCCUGGUCCAAUAAAAAGAUAUCGUCAGACACGAGUUUCAUCGCGUCGAAUACGCAAGCGUGUUAUCUUCAAACAAGGAGAUUGUAAUGUAGUUCAAGGCAAUGUAGCCAAACGUAGAAGACGUUACUUACAGGAUAUUUUCACAACUUUGGUUGAUGCGCAAUGGCGUUGGACGCUACUUAUAUUCGCUCUAAGUUUCCUACUGUCAUGGACAGGUUUCGGUAUAAUUUGGUGGAUAAUAGCCUAUGCCCAUGGAGAUCUGGAGUAUAUGCGAAUGAUUGACCAAGGAACUGCGGAUACAUUGAAUAAUACUUUCCGCGUAUGUGUAACAGAAAUAAAAAGUCUAACAACGGCUUUUCUAUUUUCCGUUGAAACACAACACACCAUUGGCUACGGCAAUCGGUAUAUAACUGAAGAAUGUCCGGAAGCCAUUUUUAUAAUGUGCCUACAAAGUAUUAUGGGCGUGUUUAUCCAAGCAUUUAUGGUUGGCAUCGUAUUUGCAAAGUUAUCGCGUCCGAAAAAGCGUGCUCAGACGCUUUUAUUCUCAAAAUAUGCUGUGAUUUGCCAUCGUGAUGGAGUGCCGUGUCUAAUGUUUCGUGUUGGUGACAUGCGAAAAAGUCAUAUCAUAGAGGCCCAUGUUAGGGCGCAGAUUAUAAGAAAAAAGGUUACCAAAGAAGGUGAAAUUCUCCCAUUUUAUCAGCAAGAGCUGCGCGUUGGUGCUGAUGGUUAUGAGGAUCGUUUGAUGUUUAUUUGGCCCACCACAAUAGUUCAUAAGAUAGAUCGCCAGAGUCCAUUGUAUGCUUUGAGUGCGAAAGACAUGCUGCAAGAGCGCUUUGAAUUGGUUGUUAUGUUAGAGGGUGUUGUAGAGUCAACUGGUAUGACAACACAAGCCCGUAGUAGUUAUCUUCCCACCGAAAUCCUUUGGGGCCAUCGUUUCGAACACGUGGUUUCCUUCCGCAAAGAGACGGGCGAGUAUGAAGUGGAUUACACACGCUUCAAUAACACAUAUGAAGUAGAUACACCACUCUGUAGUUCCCGUCAACUAGAUGAACUUCGAGCCGAGCUGCAUGCAGCUCCACAUGGCAUGGAACGUCUGUGUUCCUCCGUCAUACUUCCACAUGUCGCCUCGGCUGCAUCCAUCGAUCCACCCAGUGACGAGUCAAAUGAAUCCUCCGAUCAUUUACAAAUGCGGUCAUUUUCAAAUCUAUCUGUGCCGUCUAGUAACAUCCAUUGCAGCCCAACAGUCACAAAUUUACUGACGGUGCAACAACACAACAGUAUUAAUAAUGAAAAAAUGAAAAAAGCCGGGAGUCCUAGACGACUCUCCAUUAAAAACGAGCAGAUACCUAUAGAUUCGAUGUGCUGAUAUUUAAGAACGGAUUGUUUUAUUUAUGAAUCUUGUUGUAGAUAAAAUUAAAUAAAAAACACUAAGUAAGAAACAUAGAAGACAUCUUGGGCGCAAGUAGAUAAGUCAAUCUGCUUAGAUCCCAUACAACAAGUCAAAUUCAGUUGACCAAGAAAUAAUAAUGCCUGAAUCUAAAGAUAACAGUUGGAAAACUAUCAAACCCGUAAAUUAUGAAAGACUACGCUCAAGUUUAUUCUGAGCGUCCAAUAAAUUUAUUAGAAUAUAAUUUUUACUUUUAGAGUCAUCAAAUUGGUGUUUAGUUUGGUUUGUUCUUAUUCUCUGCUUUACUCGUUUUGUAUUCCAAAAUAGAGAGAUGAACAGACAACCAGAGAAUCUUCAGAUAAUUCGCUUAAUACAGAAGAAAAAAAUUAUUUAUUGCGUAGGAUCAUAAAAAUUGAAAAAUGAUUUUAGCAAUUUUGCUUUUUUUUUGUUUUUUAUUUGGAAAUUAUUUAUUCCCACCUAAAAGGCCAUAUAUUGUCCUUAAAUUUUGCCUCUCAAAUUCCGACCCGAUUGCAACUUGACGAUAACAUUUUGAAUUCAGUUUGUAGAGUCUAUUCUGUCGUUGUAUAUCGAAUAUGUUAUUGGUGUAUGCGCAAUUGUUAAAAUAGAGAUCUGUCAACAACAAAUAUCAGUAGUGAAACACUGCUUCAAAGUAUGAAUAAUGUCAGCUUUAUUCCUCCAUUAUUAUAAUUCAUUAUAAUGAUAAUAAAAAACAAACCAACAUUUUCUUUGUUAUACUGUUUAA